AGACAGACACACAGACACACACACAGACACACAGACAGACACACAGACACACACGAGCCGCGUGCACACACCCAACGCUUGCCACGCUGCGGGCUCCGCGGGUCGCGCGCGGCGGGGGGUUCCGAGUGCGCGGUGCCAUAUGGCGGGGGAGGCGGCGCGCAGCUGGAGGAGAGCAUUCCCGGGCAGGGGAGCCGUGAUGUCAGAGCAGCUGCCAGCCAGACUCGCUGCUGCUGCUGCUGCCGCUGCCUCCUCCUCCUCCUGCUGCUGCUGCUGCCGCCGCCGCUGCUGCUUCUGCUACUGCCGCCGCUUAUUCUACACAAGCAGCAGCAGCAGCACGCCGGUUGCCUCGGCGCUCUGUGAACGCUGCAUCGACACUCUUCUAUCUGCUGCUGCAGCUGCUGCUGUUGAGACUGCGGCUGCUGCUGCUGCUGCUGCGUUAUCGCGACUCGGGCCGGGCCGGAGGAGAGAGGCGGAGGGGAGAAGGAGCGACUGCAGCAGCCGCCAGGAUCAGCCCGUGAUGCUGGUCCCGCGAUGGAGUUCCCGGAGCACAGCCGCCAGCUGCUCCAGUGCCUGAGCCGCCAGCGCUUGCAGGGCUUCCUGUGCGACUGCACCGUGCUCGUGGGCGGCUCCGAGUUCCGAGCGCACCGUGCCGUGCUCGCCUCCUGCAGCGGGUACUUCCACCUCUUCUACCGCGACGAGAGGCCCCGACGUAGCUUCCGCGACCACGUCGGCCUCCGAGGCCGGGAGAGGGGGGAGGAGGAGCAGGAGGAGGAGGAGACGGCGGGCGACGCGGCGGAGGCGACGGCGGCGUCGAUCUCCGGGGGGGUCCCAAGGCCCCCCGCGGAGUCUGCGGGGCUCGUGGUGCGGCUGAAUGGGGACGCGGUGACGGCGCCCGCGUUCAGGGCACUGCUCGAGUUCAUGUACGAGGGCCGCCUGCGCGUGGACGGGCUGCCCGUGGAGGACGUGCUGGCCGCCGCCAGCUACCUACACAUGUACGACAUCGUCAAGGUGUGCAAGCAGAGGCUCCGAGGACGUGGCGACGGGGUCGGGGUCGGUGUCCCUGCGCCAGAGCGGUGCCCCCGGCCGUGUCUGGAGAACAUCUGCGUGAAGAUAGAGGCGGGGGAGGAGGAGGAGGAGGAGGUGGUGGCGGCUGUGUGCAAUGAGGGCGUGAGCAGCGUGCGAAGCGUCGCCGAGGGUGGCUCUCACGGCGGUGGCAGCCGGCUGGCGGUGAGGGCAGCACCGUACGGCGCGGCAGCUGGGAAAACAGCGUCAACGGCUCCAUUGUUGUGUGGCGGCUCUGGCAUCUCAAUUAAGGGCCUCGGUGAGAGCGCGCUCGACCUGUCAGUCAAGCCGGCAUCUGCGGCGGCGAGGGCGUGCGACCCCGACCUCCCGGGGCACACGGGCCUAGGUGAAAGGGAAGCGGCUGCCGCUGCAGCUGUCACAGCUGCUGCCGCUGCCGCCGCUGUUGUCUCGACGAAGGGCCUCCCGCCGCAGGAGGAGCGAGGAGGAGAUUGCGACGAGGAGAUGUGCGACGCGGACGAGGACCCAGCGAGGAGAGCGGACGACCUCGUGAGCAACUCGUCGCACCGCUCCAGCGGCGUGAGCUGCGAGCUCUCGGAGAAGGUUCCCUCGACCUCCAGCGAGCUGGACCACGAGGACGUGGGCAGCUCGGACGAGGGCAUGGAGCCAGAGAUGAAGCCGCCCGCGUCCCUGGGCCACUUUCGCUUCAAGGACGAGGCGCUGCUGCCCUUGUCGCUGCACGAGGGCGGCAGCCCGCUGCUGGGCUCGGCGGGGUUGGUGUUCGCCUGCCCCCUGUGCGGCCAGGCCAUGCCGUGCCCCCAGGCUCUGCAGAUCCACCUCAGCCUGCACUUCAGCGAGCGCCGCGCGGAGCCCAAGGUGGAACGCGUGGCGGGCCACCGCGGCCCGCACGGCCUGCGGCCCCACGGCAACGGCAAGGUCAAGCCGCCCCUGCCGCCGCCCCUGCCGCCGCCACUGUCGGGUGCGUGUCCCGGCGGCACGGCGCUGUUCGGGCCGGGGCCCGUGGGGAUCGCGGAGGCCUCGCCGCCGGCCCUCGGCGGGGCCGAAGGGGACGUGCCCACGUGCGCCACGUGCGGGAAGACGUUCUCGUGCGCGUACACGCUGCGGCGGCACGAGCGCACGCACUCGGGCGAGAAGCCCUACACGUGCGCCACGUGCGGCAAGAGCUUCCAGUACUCGCACAACCUGACGCGCCACGCCGUCGUGCACACGCGCGAGAAGCCGCACGCCUGCAAGUGGUGCGAGCGGCGCUUCACGCAGUCGGGGGACCUGUACCGGCACAUGCGCAAAUUCCACGGCGGCCUCGCGGGCUCCGUGGCUGCGCAGUGAACUCGCCGAUGCCUCCCCGUCUCUCCGUGCGUGACCCGCGACACGCGACACGCGCAGCGGCGGUGGCGGUGGCGGCCCCCGUUGCUCCGUUGCCCUGCACUUCUCGCCGGUGAUCGUUGCCGAGAUGACUCCGCGCGGGGGCCGUGGGUUUGGCCCCAAAGUGAAAAGCGAACGCAGAGUGUGAAAGUGGGCUGGGUUAAGACGCCUGAAGUGAGGUGACGGGGGUGGGGAGGAGGGUAUAGGUAAGGUCAAGGUGGCAGAUAGUGAGCUGGUCGGGUUGGAUGGUACGUUAGAGUUAGGGAUAGUCUUUAGUGUGGUUGAUGUUAGGGGUUGUCUUGUAGGCUAGGUAGCUAGUCUGUUACUGAUAUGAUUAGGGCUAGGGUCUGGUUGAAAAGUGUAGUUAGAGCAAGGGCUGCUCUUCAGGGUUAGAGUUUGGGUGGUUGUCGCCCUCGCCCCAUGUAGCUCGCCUGUCACUUUCGGGGCGUCAAGUGCCCCCUCCACCCCCCCCCCCCCCCCAGUGCUGGCGUUGAAACCCAGAGGGCAUUCAUCAGCAGUGCUGGGCCCUGCGUGCAGCAGCCAACGUCUGCACCUGCGCAGAGCGUGCAGACGGACACGAGGCGCGGAGGCCACGACUCGCUCCAUAUUUUGUUUACGUCCACACGUGUACAGGUCAUUAACCCAGCCCACUGCCGAACACAAGCUCCACACCUGGGCAGCGUGAGUCUGCUGAUGCGGGCACUGCCGGGAAAUUAACCUUUUAUUUUGUUGUUGUUCAAAUCCGUACGGCUGUACGUGGCGGGACUCUGUGUGAAGAGAACAAAGGACUAAUCACUCACCGGAACACACGCUUCACACUCGAACACCCCCCCCCCCACCCCAUCCCUUCACACACUCGCGUGAUUUUUGAGUAAACCUAACAGGUAUAGAACACUGUCUUUAAAUAUAUAAUAUAUAUUGAUAUUACACAAAAAGCGUCGCUCUGAGACGUUUUACGAGACUGAGAAGAUAGAGUGAAUAAUUAAUUAUGCAUAUUAAUCAUAUGCGGUGUGAGAACAAGCGCAAAGUCUGGUGGCGGGAGUUCAGUGACACGUGGCUGUGACUGCUGCUACUACUCGUGUACCUGUAUAGUCAGCCUUUCCUCAAAAGAGCACUAUGAAUUGAACACACAUACACAGAAGAGAAUAUAACUCACACUAUAAGAAGGCUUCCAGAAAGCGAAGUGAGAAAGAUAUUUUUUUUAAACCCCACGAAUUAUGUUUUAUUUAAUAACCGCAACACACAAAAAACGAACAUUAAAAAUAUAUAUAAUAACCCCAAUUACUCCCAAGACUUUGUCCCCAAAAAUGCAAUGUCGCUGUUUGCUGUUGUGUAAGUUGCUCUAGAAAUGCAAACUACGCGUUUCUCUGACUGGUUUCCAAUUUGGGGGGUAGGGGGAUCAUUACCUCCUUCCGCCCCCCACUUAAACACAAUUUUUAUUCAUCGCUCUAAAUGUCAGUAUUCAAGGGGGUGGGGGGGGGGGGCAGGGGGUGUGUAAACACAUAAACCUGCAGGCCAUUCGUCAAAUCACACUUUGCCGGAUGAGGGUCUUGGCGGUUGUUUUGUGUUACCAUACUUCACCACGCUGGUCAAUGCGGAGAGCGUAGAACACAAUUGGCGGUCUUCUUUGCGCUGCCCUCUGCCGCACGCUACGUGGCCACGCAACCGCUGCCUACGAAGACCAAGCCAAGCAACUAAACCAUGCUCCAGCCUGCGUAGCUUCCGAGUUCAGGUGCAUUCCGGGAAGAAAACAAAAAAAAAUCCCAUCACGUGUAAUGUAAACAUGUCGUAAGUGGUGGGGUGGGGUGGGUUGGGGGUAUUUUAAAAGGAAGGUUACACUUUAAAAGGAAGGUAUAGACUCCUAAUUGAUUCUCCCAACAGAUUUUACGCGAAUAAAAAUCACAACUUAUUCGUGCCAACACGUUGGAAGAAGACCCCCCCCCUAAUUGGAAAGCCAGUGUUGGAAGAAGGCCCCCCUAAUUGGAAAGCCAGUGUUGGAAGAAGACCCCCCUAAUUGGAAAGCCAGUGUCUGACCACGCGCGCGCGCGCGCACACACAGUCACCGUUCACAGCUUGAAUGCGGCUGACGUCCACCCUGACCGCUGUGCCUGACUUCACGGAGCUCGGAGUUUACCUGCCCUGUGCCCUCUUCCCCGUGCAUUACGCGUCUUCUUGUGUAUCAGAUAAUUAUAACGUGUGGGGGAGCGGUGGUGUAGCGGUUAGCGCGCCGCGCCAAGACCCGCCGACCCGAGUUUGAUUCCCGCUCACGGCAAACUACCGGUGACGAUUAUCCAAACCGGUCCUGGGCCUCCCGUAGGUCGACUCAGUCUCAAAUUAGCGCCUGGUGCGGUGUGUAAAACAUCGCCAAUCGGAGGAUGAAUGUGGCAGGACAAGGUUGUUGUUCACCCACCCCUUCUCCAUGUGCCGGCCUUCAUAGGUGCUCGCUAACAGCACUUACCCCAACAGUCUGUGAAAGGCUAUAAGGGGGUUAUUUGGUAUUGUGUAAAAGCGACGGGGCAGGUGCCACCUUCCCAGCGAUAUCUGCUUCAGCGCGCCAGCCUUGAACAAUCGAUUGGUGUCGUUCGUAUUGACCCGAGAUUCUUUAAGCGCGAUGCACAGGCGAUGCACAGGAGAUGCACAGGACACACAGAUAUAUAUUUGGAAUUUGUACGAAAAUUUUAGGACAAUCUCAAACGCAAGUUGCUGGUUGUUCCGGGUUUCAGAUUUGUACAUUUCCCCCCCCCCCCCCCCCCCCCACAUUUGCAGGAGAAGUUUGAUAUUCGCAAGGCAUCGUUUUUUCGCUCUUUUCCCGCGUUGUAAAUCACUCGGCCCUGCCAAUGCCGGUGUAUUGAUUGUUUUGAAUGCCGGGGCAAUAAUACACGUGGCAUUUGCUGUCGAAUAGUUAUCUUGAGAAGGUAUACGCAAAACCAACUUACUUUAUUGACAAGGCAGAGAGAGGAGGAGGGGGGGGGACACUAAACUUCGAAUGAAUGAAUGAAUGAUUGUUGUCUUUAAUAAAAAUCAGAUUUACACUGA